GACGUUGACCUGAAAGCAUGUUGCGAAGCUUCGGAUGCCUGCUCUCCACACCAGGAUGAUUGGCUGGAACUGCAAGAGGAGGAGGAAGACAUAAAUCAAGUACAUGAUGGAAAAAAUAGAAGGGAAAACUGUGAAGAGGAGAGCAACUGCAACCAUGUAGAUUCACUUCCCUCCUUAGAGGGCUAUUUACAGCUUCUGUCAUCGGAGGUGGAAAACAUGCUAGAGGUGAGUUUACUGGAAGAUCUACAAGUUGCUACUUCUAGUAGAGGCCAAGACCCAUCAUCCUCGCAUGACAAUAUAAGUUUGACCCAGACGCUCUGCCACUGUUUCAGUCCUCAUGAUGCCACACUACUAAGAACAGACUACCCCACACAAUCAAAUUCAGAAACAAGACAUUUAAAAAGGCAAGAGUCUUUUCCUCAGUCAAGCUCUAAUGUCACAAAUCCAGAAUUGCUACUUCAUGGGACGAAUCUGACAGGACUUUUUUCAGCUGCUGACAUUAGAAACCUAACAGCCCAUGAUGAUAAUUUUGAUCAAGUUAAACUCAUGUCUUUGACAUUGGAGGAAGGCUUUGAUCCUAUAGAAGCUUCUCAGCUCUUUGAAGAACCUGUGUCAGAUUUGGGCCUGUCUCUGCAUUCAAGUCACAGCACCACCUCUUACUCAGUCUGCAGUGAAGAUGCUGUUGGGUACAGCAGUGAUGUUAAAUCUGCUUCUUCACAUGGCUUGGGUGCUGUUGGUGGCCGCUGCCAAGAACAUAGUAAGUACGGCCAUGUGGAAUAUCCAGGUGAUUCAGAGUGUUCUAGAGAAGCCACACUUCAGCAGUUUCAUCAUAACCACACUUACGAUCAGCUGCCAACUCAAGCAGUAUCCACUCCGGAGCAUCACCAACAGAUGUGCAUGAAGAAAGCAAACAAAGCAAAGGAUAGGUGUGAUAAUUCUACCAGUACAAACCUUAGCAGUCACGAACACCAUGCAAAAACUCUGAGAAUACCAUUUUCAGUUGAUGAAAUCGUGAACAUGCCUGUUGACUCUUUCAACACCAUGGUAGCAAAGAAUCAUCUGACGUAUACGCAGGUAUCACUUCUACGUGACAUUAGACGAAGGGGAAAAAACAAGGUCGCUGCGCAAAAUUGCCGCAAACGUAAACUGAAUGAAAUUCUUAACCUGGAAGAAGACAUAAAUAAUCUCGAAACACAAAAGGAGAGCCUUAAGAAGGAGCACUCUCAGUAUAGCAAAUCAAUCAGCCAGAUGAAGCAAAAGUUAAAUAACUUGUACCUUGACAUUUUCAGUAGAUUGAGGGAUGACCAGGGUAAACCCAUUAACCCAUGUCAGUACAUCAUUCACUGCAACAGCGACAGCAGUGUUAUCGUAAUACCCAAACACUUGGUCAAAUCGGAACAGAAACAAGAUAAAAAAGAGUAG